CUGUAGCCCAAGCACCUGGGUAAUUUGAAGAUCUCCAACCCUUUGUGUCUCCUCACCUGUGAAAAUGUCUGGACGUGGAAAGAAACACGCAGUGGCUGGCAAACCUGGAGCUGCCCCAAAGAAAACCAAAUCAGCCAAGGCUGGUCUGCAGUUCCCCGUGGGUCGUGUCUACAGGCUCCUUAAAAGAGGGAACUACGCUGACAGGAUCGGUCCUGGUGCUGCCAUCUACCUGGCUGCGGUGCUGGAGUACCUGAGCGUGGAGAUCCUGGAGCUGGCGGGGAAUGCUGCACGGGAAAACAGGAAAGCCAGGAUCCUGCCCAGGCACAUCCAGCUGGCCGUGAGAAAUGACGAUGAGCUGAACAAGCUCUUCUCCUGCGUGACAAUUGCUCAAGGAGGGGUUAUGCCAAAUAUCCUUUCCCAGCUCCUUCCCAAGAAAACUGUCAGACAUGCUGCUUCUUCUCAGGAACAAGGUGGUAGCCAGUGAAACUUGCUUUUCUUGGUCUGGUCUGUGCACUUCUGGAUGAUGGGAUGCAGUAGCACUAAUUUGUAUGUCUUUGCUUCUUUAUCAAG